AUGAUCAUUUUCAUUAUUGGAUCGUUAAUUUUAACAAUUAUUUAUGUUAGUCAUCAAGGAAUAAUCGCAACAGAAAUAUUUACAGUUGGUAGUUCAACGAAUUGUUUAAUAAAUUCCAAACACACCGAUCAAAAUUGUCAUUGGUAUUUUUUAAAUUAUACACCAAGUGCAUGGGAAUCUAGUUGGACUGAUAAUAUUGAAAAAUUACAAAAUAUCGUUUGUGAAACAUUAGCGAAUAUAGACAAUUUAAAUAAAUCAGUUUUAGCUGUCGAACGAUUAGUCGAAUUACAGAAAUUUGGAAGAAAUCAAACCGAAAGUAACAAACAAUCAAGCGAUAUAUUUCUAUCGAGAAUGUUUUAUCAACAAAAAUAUAUUAAUCCAAUAACAAAUAAAUCAUCUAAAGGUGUCAUCGUAUCUCAAUUAAUCGAACCACUUAUUGGUUUACUUCGAGAUCCAUUGUCAAUGUGCAAUCGUGUGAACACACUACCUGCUUCUGUAUAUGACGGAGCAAUUGGACAAUCAAAACGUUUUUUUCUAUUAUCAGUGGCAGCUCCGUUUUAUAUUCAUUCAUCAACACCAAGCCCUAAUAAUAAUGUACCAAUGAUGAUUACAUCAAAUAAACGUAAUACAAAUUUACUUCCAUGGAUGUAUGAAAGAUCAAAAUUGAAUACUUUAGAUACAGAAACAGACAUGAGGAGAGGACAAAAUAUUUUGAUUGAUUUGGGAAGUUCUUAUUUUGGAAAUUGGAAUGGUGAUACUACUGCCAACGCUGGACGCUGGUUUUAUGAGCAUUACAAACGUUUUGGCAUUAAAUUUGAUCGUAUUAUUGCCUAUGAACAUCAAGCAUUAAAUACUAAAACUGCCUGGGAAUAUCCUUGGACAAAUUUAAAAGCAAUAGCUAAACCAUACGAUCAUGUCGUUAUCAAAUUAGAUAUUGAUACUCCACAAAUUGAAGGACCUUUAAUAAAUGAAGUAUUAAAUGAUUCAACCAUUCAUUCGUUGAUAGAUGAACUAUUUUUUGAACAUCAUAUUACCGUUAAAGAAAUGGUACCAUCUUGGGGAAUUCAACCAGGUUCAUUAAAAGAUUCAUAUAUUUUAUUUACAAAAUUACGACAACUUGGAAUACGAAUGCAUUCAUGGCCAUAA